CAAGUGCUUGGGCGUUCUCGUGAGACGAUAGCCCAGCUACAAGAAUGCGACAGCAUGCCCAAAUGCUCGAGGAUUGCACUGCGUGCGCGUGACGUUUCUUCACGCCUUCCUGGCUUGGCUUGGCUUGGCAUGCAGACAUAGCAGUGCAUCGUCGAGAACGGGCCAAUAGGGCCCCUGCGUGCCACCAUGUCGCAUUGGUCAUAUCUCGACACACGUGCAAGGAACGAUCCACGAGAAGACUGCUUCGGAUGUGGGGCGUGCUAGAUAACCCCAAUCGUAUGGCAAACCGAGGAUCAAAACUUCGCUCCGCCUGUCGAGCAUUCACGAUCACCCUCAACGUUUUCCUUGCCGUUUACAACAUGGUCUGCUUCCACUUACCGCGAAACGAACCCAAUCCUACCGCGGUUGUGCACGAGACGCGAACCAUCAUCAAGCAUCGAGUCAUGCGAUGGUACCAGUACAGCGACAGCAAACCGCCUCAAUUUCGGAACAGACAACUGUCGAAACAAAUGUCGAAGAAUGCUUCGUUGACAGUCGUCGAAAACAAGGACCGUUUCGUCAUCCGCAGCAACUACAUCGUGAGCGACGAAGCCGCCGGAUACGACGCAACGGUGACUCUCACCACGCAUGCGACGCAUGACUUUCUGCACCACACGCCCGUGCUGUGCAGGCGAUGGGAAGGACCCAUUUCAGUGAGCUUGUACGCACCAGGGACUGAGUACGAAAUCGCCAUUAACAAAGUACUGUUCCUACGGGCCUGCAGUGAUCCGUGUGUGCGCGCAAACGUCACGUGGCAUAUCGUGUACAGUACGCAACACCGCCCAAAGACGGGCCUUCUAAUAGCUAAUCCUGAAGACUGCUCCGACGAUAUCAUGCAUCGCCAGUACGCGAACUAUCGCGCGGAGCACAACCUAACCUAUCCUAUAAACGUCCUUCGAAAUUCUGCACGACGGGCCGCGGAGACGAGAUACAUCUUGGCUUCCGACAUCGAACUCUAUCCCAGUGGCAACAUCAUCCCCCGCUUCCUGGACAUGGUGCGUCGACGGCAUAACUCCAGCAGCGCCCGUCAGGUGUACGUGCUUCCCGUGUUCGAAGUGAAAGCUUCUCAGACGGUACCACUGACUAAGAAAGUGCUGGUGGACAUGGUGCGCAACAAGUCUGCCAUGUUCUUCCACGCAUGGGUGUGCGAAGAGUGUCAGAAGUUCCCCAAGAGGGACGAGUGGCUGGGGUGCAUUCCUCCUGGGAACUCUCUAGGUGUGUUCACGACGAAGAGGGACAAGCGUACACGGUACUGGGAGCCCAUAUACAUAGGCACCAAUGCGGAUCCUUUCUAUCCAGAAGAGCUCACCUGGGAAGGCAAGAUGGACAAGAUGGCACAGAGCUACGAGAUGUGCCUCAUGGGAUACGACUUCAACAUCAUCGACAAUGCCUUCCUGGUUCAUGCUCCAGGCAUCAAAACCAUUGUUGCAAGCGAAGUAAAACGCAGAAGAGCCUUUGUGAAAGUGAACUGCAUAUAUCAAACUCGAUUAAUGAAGGAGCUCAAGAAGAAGUAUAGGAAGAGUAUGCGAAUUGCAAAUUGCAAAUUCCCAAAUGCAGAAUGAAAAUAGGCUGGAUAGUGCUGGAUGUAGUGCUGCAGCAUACUACAUACUUUAAAAGAAAAACUGCUUUUUGUUGGA